AUGGCUGCUACUCAGAUUGCUCGCAACUCGAGCUUCAACGGCUUUGACGACAUUGUCAAGAUGCCUUCUUCGCCUCAACUCCAGCCUCGCACUCGUACCAUCUCCAACGCAGCCGCACCCUCUCCUUCCGCUGGCUCUACGCCCGCUGCUGCCUUUAACAUGCGCAAGGUUGGCCUCGACGAGAGCCAGCCUCCGCCUCCUCCUGGCUCUUCUCCCGAGACCUUUUUCCGCUACUAUCUUGCUGUUGAGCUCCGCAAGGCAGGCACCGAGCCCAGCGAGGCGCUCCUCAACCGCUACGUUCGCAACCACUUUGACAGCCUCUUCAAGAACAAGAGCACCGCCACCGCACCCGCACCUGCACCCGCUGCUGCUACACCACACGCUCCGUCGUCGUCUGCGCGUCCAGCUGCUGCAUCGGCGUUGGCGUUGGCGCCUUCGCCUGCGCAACAGCCCCACACCUCCACUUCGCAGGUCACUGUCGCUGCCGUCGCACGUCCUCCUCCUCCGCAACCAAAGUCCGCCGUCACAGUGUCUGCGCCUGUCGUCGCUACCAGCUCCACCACUGCGCACGACACGGAUAAUCCACCUGGACUCAGCCCGCCUGAGCUCGUUCCUGCCGAGUCACCUGCGCUGUCCUGUCGUAGCUUUUCGCCUGUCGCUACGCCUCGUAUGCUCAACAACAUCACCGAAGACGAUGCUCUCGUCGACUUUUCGAGCGUCUUUGGCGAGCCCAGCUGUUCACUUCUCGAAGUUCCAUCGCACACCUCGAGUUCGCAGCCGAUCAAGUUUGAAGACAACUCGGACGCUUUGCUCAGCUUCUUCCGCGACUCGCCCUUCCGUACCACCCACUAUGAAUCGGCCACUAUCGACCCGCACGUCGUCGAGAACGCCCCAAUCGGCGGCAACAGCACUCGUUUUUCCAUGCCGCUCGCCUCAAUCAGCCCCUCGGAUCUAUCCAACGUCAACGCCAUGGCGUCUCAGAACCAGUCCGUGACGCUUUCGCCCAACCAGCUCUCGGUCAAGCAGACGGACUCGGCUGCUCCCAUGUCUGAGGACGGCAUGUCGGAGGAUGACGACGACGACGACGAAGACAAGCAGAACCGUUCCCGUCACACGUCGCCCUCGUCCAAGUUGGCUUGCAGACCUCUGAGCACCAUCCCCAUGGCUGUCGGUGACAUGAACUACCUCAAGCCUGAUCCUGAAGUGUACAAGAAGCUGAGCAGCAAGGAGAAGCGCCAGCUGCGCAACAAGAUCUCGGCUCGCAACUUUCGUACGCGCAGAAAGGAGUACAUUGGACAGCUCGAGGACCAGAUCGCGGACCGUGACACGCUGAUCGAGGGACUUCGUCAGCAGAUCUCGCAGCUCUCGGUGGAGAACAAGGCGCUCAAGGAUGAAGUCAAGACGAUCAAGGCGCGCACCAUUUCGAGCCAGGAUGUUGGCAAGAUUCUCGAGGCGCUGCAGAGCAUGACUGGCACGUCGGUUGCUGCUGCUCCUACUGCCAACAUUGGCACGUCUGGCUUUGGCUCGGGUCGUGCCAGCCCCACGCAGGAGGCCAUGCCUUUGACGCCUGGUGCGGUGCUCAACUUUGGCGCUGCCGACGCUUGCACUUUGUCGUCGUCGAGGCCAGCUACACCCACGUCGGUGGCUCCCGGUUCGCCGAGGUCGCAGAGCCCUCGACCGUCGUUGCUACGAGCUAACACCAAGAAGGACGUGGCUCCACAGAGCAGCUUCUGGGGUGGCGUAGGAAGCGGUGUUGGCACCAGCAACAGCUUUAUGCCUGUCUGCUAG